AUGGCCCCGCCCUCACAAUGGCUGCGGGGCACCGUGAAGGCCGUCCACAGCGGAGACACCCUGCUAGUGAUGGGCGCCGCGGCGGGCGGGCCCCCGCCCGAGAAGACGCUCAUCUUGUCAUCCCUCAAGGCACCCAAACUCGGCCGGCGCGAUGGGGCCACGAAGGACGAGCCCUUCGCCUGGGAGUCGCGGGAGUUCCUGAGGAAGAAGUGCAUCGGCAAGGAAUGCGUGUUCAGGACGGACUACAGGGUGGAGCAGAUCGGCAACAGGGAGUUCGGCUCCGUUUUCAUGGACAAGGAGAACGUGGCGCUGACUGUCGCCGCCAACGGCUGGGCCAAGGUCAACCCCGUGGGCACCCAGAAGAGCCCGUACUUUGACGACCUGCAGCAGGCGGAGAAGGCCGCUGUGGAGAAGGGCACCGGGAUGUGGAACAAGGACCCGGCGGCCCUGGAGGCCGCGGUGCGGGACCUGCCCACCGAGGACCUGGCCGGCAUGGAGCUGCUGGCGCGGGUUGGCAAGGGCAAGCCGCUGUCGGGGAUCGUGGAGGGCGUGCUGAACGGCAGUCUGCUGCGCGUGACGCUACUGCCGACCUUCAACUCCGCGCUGGUGGCCCUGGCGGGGGUGCAGGCCCCUUCCAUGAACCGCCGAUCUGGGGAGAAUGGGGCGGCGGGAGAGGGCCCCGAGCCCUUCGCCCUGCAGGCCCGUCACUUCUCGGAGGUGCGGGCCUUGCACAGGGAGGUUCGCAUUGUUUUGGAGGGUGUUGACAAAUACAACAACCUCUUUGGGAACGUCCUCUAUCCCCAGGGCGAAGAAGUCAUGGACCUAGCACAGCAGCUUGUCCAGCAUGGCAUGGCCAAGUGUGCGGAAUGGAGCCUGAACAUGAUGACUCAAGGUGCAACGAAGCUGCGAGAGCUAGAACGUACGUCCAAACAAAAGAGGGAAGGUAUCUGGACAGGCUAUGUGCCACCAGUGACCAACACUGCCAAGCUCAGUGACAAGUUCACUGGUGUUGUCAUUGAGGUCGUCAGUGGCGACUGUGUGAUCGUCAUGGACAAGGCAUCCAGGACUGAGCGGCGUGUCACACUCUCCAGCCUGCGGGCCCCAAGGAUGGGUACCCGCGAUCGCAAGCCAGAUGGGUGGGCUCCCGAAGCCAAGGAAUUCACAAGGAAGCUCCUCAUAGGCAAGGAAGUCAGUGUCAACAUGGAGUACACACGGAAACUGCAGCCUCAGGCACCCGUGGCAAACCCCAGCCAGCCGGUGAGGGAUAUGAUGGCCUUUGGGAACAUAAUGGUUAAGGAGAAGGGCGAGGAGGUACAGGUGGCAGAACAGGUUGUCAAGAACGGGCUGGCCUCUGUUGUUAGACACCGCACGGAUGAGGAGAGGAGCUCGAUUUAUGACAAGCUGCUGGAGGCGGAGGAAGAGGCCAAGAAGGCCAGGAAGAACCUGCACAGCGGCAAGGAGGCACCCAUGCACAGGCUGAAUGAUGUGUCAUUGCCACAGAAUUCGUCCAGGGCAAAGCAGUACCUUCCAUCUUUCAAGCGCAGUGGGAAGAUGACAGCCAUCUGUGAAUAUGUUAUCAGUGGACACCGGUUAAAACUGUUCAUCCCCAAGGAAGGUGCUACAAUCGUCUUUGCCCCGUCUGGCGUGAGGGCUCCAUCAAGACCUUCCCAGGACAGAAAG